AUGACCGCUCACAAGGCACAGGGACUUUCGCUGCCCCACCUCGUCAUAGACCUGCAUGGGACAAGAGGCACGGAGGCUCCCUAUGUCAUGGUUUCAAGAGCGACUUCGCUCGAAGGCCUUAUGAUUCUACGCGACUUCCCGAAAUCGAAGAUACGCUGCCACCCAUCAUAA